CCCCUGCUGUCGGCGGCCCCCGCCGACCGCAGCGCUCCGGCACGGCACGGACACGGCUCGGGACACGGGGCGGGACACGGCAGUUCCAAGGCUGCAUCUCUGCACUGGACCAGUGAGAGAGCUGUCAGUGUGUUCCUGCUGGGCCUCCUGCCUGCAGCCUACCUGUGCCCUGGACCAGCUGUGGACUAUUCCCUGGCUGCAGCCCUCACUCUCCACGGCCACUGGGGUCUUGGCCAGGUGAUAACUGAUUAUGUCCACGGGGACACUCCCAUUAAAGUGGCCAACACGGGGCUGUACGUGCUGUCAGCUGUGACCUUCGCUGGGCUCUGCUACUUCAACCACCACGACGUGGGGAUCUGCAAGGCUGUGGCCAUGCUCUGGAGCCUCUGA